GCAGCCCUGAAUGCGGCGCACGGCGGGCGGGUGUGCAGCACCUGGGGCGACUUCCACUACAAGACCUUCGACGGCGAUGUCUUCCGCUUCCCCGGCCUGUGCAACUACGUGUUCUCCGCACACUGUGGGGCCUCCUACGAGGACUUCAACAUCCAGCUCCGCCGCGGCCCAGGGCCCAAUGACACCGCGCCCAGCAGGGUCACCAUGAAGCUGGACGGCCUGGUGGUCGAGCUGAGCAAGAGCUCUGUCCUGGUCAACGGCCGCCCGGUCCAGCUGCCCUUCGGCCAGUCGGGUGUCCUCAUUGACCAGAGCAGCAGCUACGUGAAGGUGGCAGCCAGGCUGGGCCUGGUCUUCAUGUGGAACCUGGACGACAGCCUCCUGCUGGAGCUGGACGCCAAGUACGCCAACCAGACCUGUGGGCUCUGCGGAGACUUCAAUGGCGUCCCAGUCGUCAACGAGCUCUUCUCCCACAAUGUCAAGCUGACGCCCAUCGAGUUUGGAAACCUCCAGAAGGUGGAUGGCCCAGUGGAGCAGUGUCAGGACACUGUCCCUGAGCCCCCGACGAACUGCUUGACCGGCUCUGACGUCUGCGAGGAGAUGCUGAGCGGCGGGCUGCUCUCGGGCUGCAGCGCCCUGGUCAACGCCAGCGGCUACCUGGACGCCUGCCGGCACGACCUCUGCCACUGUCAGCAGGCCAACCCGACCAGCUGCGCCUGCCACACCCUCGCCGAGUACUCCCGCCAGUGCGCCCAUGCCGGGGGGCUGCCCCUGGACUGGCGGGGCCCCCUCCUCUGCCCCCAGACGUGCCCCCUGAACAUGCAGUACCACGAGUGUGGCUCGCCCUGCAUGGACACCUGCUCCAACCUGGAACACUCCCAGGCUUGCGAGGACCACUGCAUUGCUGGCUGCUUCUGCCCCAAGGGAGUCCUAUGUGGUGAUGUGGGGCGGGGCGCUGGUGAGACGCCCAUCUGCCUGCCCUCUCGGAGUGGGGGUGGGUUGCUCCGGGGGCUGGCACACACGCGGCCCCUCCUUGCUCUCAGCACCUGCUCUGGAGGCCGGUGGAGCUGCCGGGAGGUGCCAUGCCCUGGCACUUGCUCGGUGCUGGGAGGCGCUCACUUCUCCACCUUUGACGAGAGGCAGUACACGGUUCACGGGGACUGCAGCUACGUGCUGACCAAGCCCUGUGACAGCAGCGCCUUCACCGUGCUGGCCGAGCUGCGCAGAUGCGGACUGACCGACAAUGAGAACUGCCUGAAAAGCCUGACACUGAGCCUGGGCUCGGGGCACACGGUCAUCGUGGUCAAGGCCAGCGGGGAGGUGUUUGUGAACCAGAUCUACACCCAGCUGCCCGUCUCCGCAGCCAACGUCACGCUCUUCAGACCCUCCACUUUCUUCAUCAUCGCCCAGACCCAGCUGGGCCUGCAGCUGGACAUCCAGCUGGUGCCCCUCAUGCAGGUGUACGUGAGGCUGGCGCCCGAGCUCCGGGGGCAGACCUGCGGCCUGUGUGGGAACUUCAACCAGAACCAGGCGGACGACUUCCGGACCAUCAGCAGCGUGGUGGAGGGCACGGCUGCCGCCUUCGCCAACACCUGGAAGACCCAGGCCGCCUGCCGCAACGUCAAGAACAGCUUCGAGGACCCCUGCUCCCUCAGCGUGGACAACGAGAAAUACGCUCAGCACUGGUGCUCGCAGCUGACCGACCCCCACGGCCCCUUCGCCCGGUGCCACGCCUCUGUGAACCCCAGCACUUACUACUCGAACUGCAUGUUCGACACGUGCAACUGUGAGAAGAGUGAGGACUGCAUGUGCGCCGCCCUUUCCUCCUACGUGCGGGCCUGCGCCGCCAAGGGCGUGCUGCUGAGCGGCUGGCGGGACGGCGUGUGCACAAAGCCCACAGCCACCUGUCCCGAGUCGAUGACCUACCACUACCACAUCAGCACCUGCCAGCCCACCUGCCGGGCCCGGAGCGACGAGGACGUCACCUGCAGCAUCAGCUUCGUCCCUGUGGACGGCUGUACCUGCCCCCAUGAAACCUUCCUGGACGACACGGGCAAGUGUGUGCCGGCCACCAGCUGUCCCUGCUACCACGGGGGCUCCAUGGUUCCCAACGGGGAGUCGCUGCAUGAGAGCGGGGUCAUCUGCUCCUGCACCCAGGGCACGCUGGCCUGCAUCGGAGGCUACUCCCCGGCUCCAGCCUGUGCCUCCCCCAUGAUCUACUCGGACUGCCGCAACGCCACGCCCGGGGCCGCAGGGGCCGGCUGUCAGAAGAGCUGCCACACGCUGGACAUGGACUGUUACAGCCCCCAGUGCGUGCCCGGCUGCGUGUGUCCCAACGGGCUGGUGGCCGACGGCGAAGGCGGCUGCAUCCCUGCGUCCGACUGCCCCUGCAUGCACAACGAAGCCAGCUACCAGGCCGGCCAGACCAUCCGGGUGGGCUGCAACACCUGCACCUGUAAGAGCAGGAUGUGGCAGUGCACGGACGAGCCCUGCCUGGCCACCUGCGCCGUGUAUGGGGACGGCCACUAUCUCACCUUCGAUGGGCAGCGCUACAGCUUCAGCGGGGACUGCGCAUACACGCUGGCCCAGGACCGCUGCGGCGGGAACGGCAGUGCUCAGGACGGCUUCCGUGUCGUCACUGAGAACAUCCCCUGUGGCACUACGGGGACCACCUGCUCCAAGGCCAUCAAAGUCUUCCUGGGGAGCUACGAGCUGAAGCUGAGUGACGGCAAAGCGGAGGUGAUCGAGAAGGACCCGGGGCAGCAGCCACCCUUCUCCAUCCGCCAGAUGGGCAUCUACCUGGUGGUGGACACGGAGGUCGGCCUGGUGCUGUUGUGGGACAAGAGGACCAGCAUCUUCCUCAUACUCAGCCCCGAGUUCAAGGGGAGGGUCUGCGGGCUGUGCGGGAACUUUGAUGACAACGCCCUCAACGACCUCACCACGCGGAGCCAGUCCGUGGUGGGCGACGUGCUGGAGUUUGGCAACAGCUGGAAGUUCUCCCCGUCCUGCCCGGACGCCCAGGACCCCGAGGACCCCUGCACGGCCAAUCCGUACCGCAAGUCCUGGGCCCAGAAGCAGUGCAGCAUCAUCAGCGGGGACGCCUUCAGCGCCUGCCAUGCCCACGUGGAGCCGGCCAGGUACUACGAGGCCUGCGUGAGCGACGCCUGCGCCUGUGACUCUGGGGGCGACUGCGAGUGCUUCUGCACGGCCGUGGCCGCCUACGCCCGGGCCUGCCACGAAGCGGGCGUGUGCGUGUCCUGGCGGACCCCGGACGUCUGCCCUCUCUUCUGCGACUACUACAACCCCCAGGGCCAGUGCGAGUGGCACUACCUUCCCUGCGGCGCCCCCUGCCUGAAGACCUGCCGGAACCCCAGCGGCCAGUGCCUGCACAGCGUGCACGGCCUGGAAGGCUGCUACCCCAAGUGCCCACCAGAGGCCCCCAUCUUUGACGAGGACCAGAUGCAGUGUGUGGCGUCCUGCCCGACCCCACCCCCACCGCCGCCCUGCCGCGUCCAGGGCAAGUCCUACCGGCCUGGCUCAGCCGUGCCCUCAGAUGAGAACUGCCACUCCUGCAUUUGCACUGAGAGCGGCGUGCGCUGCACCUAUGACUCGGACGCCUGUGUCUGCACCUACGGCGGCCAGCACUUCCGUCCCGGGGACGUCAUCUACCACACGGCAGACGGCACGGGGGGCUGCAUCUCCGCCCGCUGCGGGGCCAACGGCACCAUCGAGAGGAGGAUCUACGCCUGCAGCUCUACCUCCCCCACCCCGCAAACCACCUUCUCCUUCUCUACGCCGCUCGUCCUGAGCCCGACGCCUCCACCUGGCAUGAGCCCCAGCCCUGACGAGAGCACGGCACACACCCCGAGCAGCACCCCAUCCACCGCCCCGGGCACGUCCCCGAGAACGCCGCCUUCAGUAACCACCCCCUUGCCCACCCUGGGCUGUGAGCAGCAGUGCCAGUGGUCGCAGUGGCUGGACGUCAGCCGUCCAGGACGGGGCACAGACAGCGGGGACUUCGACACACUGGAGAACCUCCGUGCCCACGGGUACCAGGUUUGCCGAGCACCGAGGCAGGUGGAGUGCCGGGCCGAGGGCGCCGCUGGGGUGCCACUCCAAGUCCUGGGGCAGCACGUGGAGUGCAGCCCACAGGUGGGGCUGACUUGCUACAACAGGGACCAGGCUUCCGGGCUCUGUGAAAACUACCAGAUCAGGAUCCUGUGCUGCUCCCCCGAGGACUGCACCCUCAGCAGCACCACCUCUCCUGUCACCUCCAGGACUAGCAACACACCUGCCCCAGGUUCCACCACACCUGCCCCAGGUUCCACUACACCUGCCCCAGGUCCCACUACACCUGCCCCAGGUUCCACCACACCUGCCCCAGGUUCCACCACACCUGCCCCAGGUACCACCACACCUGCCCCAGGUCCCACCACACCUGCCCCAGGUCCCAAUACACCUGUCCCAGGUACCACUACAACUGUAAAAAGAAUCCUCUCGACUUCCAGCCCAAUGUUAGUUUCAACAGUUUCAACCACAACCUCUGUGCCGACCACAGCCCCGGGGACCUCCAGUCCCCCUGGCACAUCUACGCUCAGCGACAACCCCUGUCUGCGAGAAUUAUGCACUUGGACUGAGUGGAUUGAUGGCAGCUAUCCUGGAUCAGAGAGAAACAGUGGAGAUUUUGACACUUUUCAGAAUCUGAGAUCCAAAGGAUAUAAAUUCUGCGCAAAUCCCAGGAACGUGGAGUGCAGGGCAGAGCGCUUCCCGAACACCCCGCUGCAGGACCUGGGGCAGGACCUGAUCUGUGACAAGACGGUGGGGCUGAUAUGCCGCAACGAGGACCAGCUGCCCCCAAUUUGCUACAACUAUGAAAUCCGGAUCCUAUGCUGUGAGGUGGUAAAUGUGUGCACGACAAACACCUCCCCCUCCACUGUGCCCGGGGCCACGCCCUGGACCACACGCGAAACCAGCGCUGCCCGGACCACCGUGCUGCCCUCGCCUUCCACCCUACACAGCAGCACCAGCUCCCCACCCGUGUCCCCAGCAAGCAGGGUCAUCCCCAGCACACAUGAGCCCUCCCCACCUGGGACCAGCACAACCUCUGCUCCGACGACCAGCACGACCUCCGCGCGGACCACCGGCCCCCCCUCCGCUCCGACGACCAGCACGACCUCCGAGCGGACCACCGGCCCCCCCUCCGCUCCGACGACCAGCACGACCUCCGCGCGGACCACCGGCCCCCCCUCCGCUCCGACGACCAGCACGACCUCCGCGCGGACCACCGGCCCCCCCUCGGCUCCGACGACCAGCACGACCUCCGAGCGGACCACCGGCCCCCCCUCCGCUCCGACGACCAGCACGACCUCCGAGCGGACCACCGGCCCCCCCUCCGCUCCGACGACCAGCACGACCUCUGAGCGGACCACCGGCCCCCCCUCGGCUCCGACGACCAGCACGACCUCUGCGCGGACCACCGGCCCUCCCUCCGCCCCGACGACCAGCACGACCCCUGUCCCUACACCUGGGACUCCCUACUCCACAUCCGGGGCCACCACCUGCCUGCCACAGUGCGCGUGGACCAAGUGGUUCGAUGUGGACGUCCCAUCCCCUGGGCCCGAUGGAGGAGACUCUGAAACCUACAGCAACAUCACCAGAAGAGGAGAGAAGAUCUGCCACCGACCCGAGCACAUCGCCCAACUGGAGUGCCGAGCGGAGAGACACCCGGAAGUCAGCAUCACCGCGCUGGGCCAGGUGGUGCAGUGCAACCCCAAAGUGGGCCUGGUGUGCCGGAACCGGGACCAGAGCAGCCCGUUCACGACGUGCUUCAACUACCAGAUCCGAGUGCUGUGCUGUGAGCCCCCGAAAGGCUGCCCUGUCCCUUCUGUGACCCCCUUUGUGACUUUAUCCAAGACUCCUCUGUCCCCAGAGUCCACCACCACGGUGUCCUCAGUGACACCGCCCAGCUCCACGGAGCCCUCCACCACAACGUGCUACUGCAGCGUGUCCGGCAAUUUCUACCCUGCGGGGUCCAUCAUUUACCAGCAGACCGACCUCUCCGACCACUGCUAUUACGCCGUGUGCAGUCUGGACUGCCAUGUGGUCAGGCGGACUGACCACACCUGUCCCACCAGCACACCAUCUCUUGCCCCGACCACCUCCCCACCCCGGUCCUCCCCGUCUACGUCGGUGCCUCCGGAGGGAUGCCCAAAUGCAGUGCCCCCAAGGACGGAAGGCGAGACCUGGGCCAUGCCCAACUGCUCUCAGGCCACCUGCAAGGGCAACGGGAUCAUCACUGUGAGGCCGCGCCAGUGCCCAGCGGUGAAGAAGCUGACCUGCGCCAACGGCUACCCCCCCGUGAGCGUGGCUGACGACGAGGGCUGCUGCUUAAGCCACUACGAGUGCCAAUGUGUGUGCAGCGGCUGGGGCGACCCCCACUACAUCACCUUCGACGGCACCUACUACACGUUCCUGGACAACUGUACGUACGUGCUGGUGCAGCAGAUCGUGCCGGUGUUCGGGCACUUCCGGGUGCUCAUCCAAAACUACUUCUGCGACGCCGAGGACAGGCUGUCCUGCCCGCAGUCCAUCAUCGUCGAGUACCGGCAGGACCGCGUCGUGCUGACCCGCAAGCCAGUCCACGGGGUGAUGACCAAUGAGAUCAUCUUCGAUGGGAAAGUGGUCAGUCCCGGCUUCCAGAAGGACGGCAUCGUUGUCUCCCAGACUGGCAUCAAGAUGUACGUGGCCAUCCCUGAGCUCGGCGUCCAGGUCAUGUUCAGCGGCCUCAUCUUCUCGGUGGAGGUGCCUUUCAGCAAGUUUGCCAACAACACAGAGGGGCAGUGUGGCACCUGCACCAACAACCAGGAAGACGAGUGUCGACUGCCCGGGGGGGCAGUGGUGGCCUCCUGCUCUGACAUGUCCAGCCACUGGAAGGUGACCGUCCCCGACCAGCCAUCCUGUGACGGGCCUCCCCCGACGCCCAUUAUACCCAGGACCACGGCCACCCCGUGCCCACCGUCACCAAUCUGCCAGCUCAUUCUGAGCGAAGUCUUUGAGCUGUGUCACACGGUGCUCCCUCCAUGGCCGUACUACCAAGGCUGCCUCUUCGACCAGUGCCACAUGCCCCGCUCGGAUGUGAUGUGCUCCAGCCUGGAGCUGUAUGCCUCGCUCUGUGCAUCUCAUGGCGUCUGCGUCGACUGGAGGGGCCAGACCAACCGCACGUGUCCCUUCACCUGUCCUGCUGACAAGGUGUACCAGCCCUGUGGCCCGUCCAGCCCCUCCUACUGCUACACCAACCACAGCACCAACGCUGCGGUCCUUCGGGAAGAGGCUCCAUUCACUGAAGGCUGCUUCUGCCCAGAGGGCAGGUCGCUGUUCAGCAGGAGCUCGGAGGUCUGCGUGCCCGACGACUGCGCCAGUUGUCUGGGGCCCCACGGGGAGCCUGUGGAGCCCGGCCACACUGUUCACAUCGACUGCCAGGAGUGCACCUGCGAGGGCAGCUCCCAGACUAUGCGCUGCCAGAAUCAGGCCUGCCCGCCACCCCCCGCCUGCCCCGAGCCCGGCUUCACGCCUGAGCCUGCAGACCCGCAGCCCGGGCAGUGUUGUCCCCAGUACCACUGUGCCUGCAACACCAGUUACUGCCCCCAGCCCGUGGGCUGCCCCGAGGGCGCCCGCUCCAUCCUGACGCACAAGGAGGGGGCUUGCUGCCCGAGCCAAAGCUGCAGCUGGACCGUCUGCAGCGUCAACAGCACUUUGUACCAGCCUGGCGCCGUGGUCUCUUCCAACCUGUGCGAAACCUGUCGGUGUGAGGUGCCCGGGGGCCCCCAGCCGGACACGUUCGUGAUCAGCUGUGAGACCCAGAUCUGCAACACCCAGUGCCCGGCGGGCUUCGAGUACCAGGUGCAAGGCAGCCAGUGCUGCGGCUCGUGUGUGCAGGUGGCCUGUGUCGCGAACGUCAGCGACGGCUCUGCCAUCCUCGUUCCUCCCGGUGAGUCCUGGUCAGACCCCGACAGCCCCUGCGUGACACACAAGUGUGAGAAGCAGCGGGAUGUGCUCGUGGUGACGACCGUAAGGAAGGAGUGCCCCCCCCUCAGCUGCUCGGUGGACAAGGCUAGCUUGAGUGAGGACGGAUGCUGCCUCUUAUGCAACGCCAGCGGGUCCAGCUGCUCCGUGCACCACAAGCACCAGGUCCUCCAGCAGCAGGGCUGCAGCUCCCCCGAGCCUGUGCGCCUCUCCUAUUGCCAGGGCAAAUGUGGGGACACCGCCUCCAUGUACUCGCUGGAAGCCAGCGGGGCGCCGAACAGCUGCCGGUGCUGUCAGGAGCUGCGGGUGUCUCGGAGGAACGUGACGCUGCACUGCGCCGACGGCUCCCGCAGGGCCAUCAGCUACGCUGAAGUGGAGGAGUGUGGCUGUGUGGGCCAGAGGUGCGACUCGCCUGGAGACCUCAGCCACUCGGAGGAGUGGGAGCCUGAGCAGAGCGAGGAGCAGAGCGAGGAGCACAGUGAGGAGCACAGCGAGGAGCAGAGCGAGGAGGAGGCGUGGCAGAAGCACCGGGGAACAGGGGCCCUGGGUCCCAGGCCUCUCCAGUAGACAGCCAGAGCCCUGCCCUCCAGGCCCCGGCGGCCUCCCUCCUGGACACUCAACCAGAGCGUUCUCCGGUGAUCCAAGUCUGCGGUGCACUGUCCACCCGUCUCCGCCCUCUCCAGGGUCUGGCCCGCCCCGGAUGUGCAGUGGCCCUGAAGGACCUGCAGCCCCUGCUCAUCACCAGCCGGGGCGGGCGGGGGUCCUCUGGCUGGGGUUCCAGCCUGCUCUCCCCAGGCUUCAGCCUCACAUAAGGGCCUGACCCUCGAUGGGCACUUGGACCUGGCAGCUGUCUGCGCUGCCGGCCACUGGGAGGCCGAGCCUCACCCCUGCCUCGGCCCUGGGCCUCGGGAAAGGGCCAUGGGCUUUCUAAAUACACC